GGGGGGGGCAUGGAAAUCGCCAAAAUGAAAUUCGACCCACUGCGACUUCCGUAUUUUCAGUAAACCCAAAAUGGCUUCUGCCGCCGUCGACAACGAUUUGAUCGAUAGCGAUUUGCCCAAAUUUGUUGAACUGCUGGACAGUCUCACAGAACAGGUUGCAGCGGUUACCAGUCAUGUUCAACAGCUGAUAACCCAAGUGAAGAAUGGUGCAUUUAACACGACAAAGGGUUUGUCGUUUCUGGAUCUUCGCUAUCACCUGCUACUCUUCUAUCUUCAAGACCUCACUCACUUGAUCAGCAUCAAGACGGAAGGUGAAAAAAUAAAAGAGAGUGAAGCCUUAACCCGAGUGGUGACGGUCAGAACGGUCCUGGAGAAGAUGCGACCUCUUGACCACAAACUCAAGUACCAAAUUGAUAAACUGGUGCGCACAGCUGUCACUGGCAGUUUGGCUGAAAAUGACCCGCUGCAGCUUCGUCCUAACCCGGAGAAUCUAAUCAGUAAACUGAGUGAGUCUGAAGAUGAAGACAACCAGGCACCAGAGACGAAAGCGACCCACUCUAGUGGCAAGAAAUACAUUCCACCCAGGAUUGCGGCUGUAUAUUAUGAUGGCGACAUGACAGAAGCAGACAAGAAGAAGGCUCAGGUGGAGCGUCAGCGGCGUGCCGCGCUGAGAAGCUCUGUGAUCCAGGAGCUGCGGCAGCAGUACAGCGACGCUCCGGAAGAGAUCAGAGAAAGACGGGACUUCCAGACUGAGCGGGAUAGCCGCGAGGAGCUCCACAGGAAACAUUAUGAGGAAUCCAUGAUGGUUCGACUGAAUGUGUCAAAGAGAGAGAAGAACUCCAGAAAGCGAAGAAUGAUGUCCAUGUCUGGUCAGCUGGGCGGAAUCACCCACUUUGGUGACAUCACAGCGCUGACGGGCGGCGACGGCGGCCAGGAUGCUGAUAACCCUCGGCCCAAGAAAAAGAAGCAGACCAUGAAGAAGAAAAUAAAACAAAAAGCUUUCAAGAAGCACAAAUAGACCAGAAUGGAGCUGUCAUCACUUCACAUUUAACAUCUCUAGAGAAAAUGUUCAACUGUUUUUUUUGUUGCCAGAUGGUUGAAUAACAAUAAAUAACUGAAAUGUA